CCACCAGGGCAGUUCAGGGGGGUAAAUUCCCACUUAGGCAGAUUUGGGACCCCCCUCCAUGAGGCCAGCAGAUGUGGGCUGCCUGUGUGAAGGGUGCAGAGCUUCUCAUUCUGGCUGGAGAGAGGGAGAUAUGACCACUGACCUUCGGAAGAGGAAAAAAGACAAGGAGACGCAAAAUGGCGUGCAUCAAGAAAAUGUGGACAAAGAAGAAAGCAAGGAAGAAAAGGAUCCCUUGUUUUGGUAUAAAGUCUUUAAAAGAACAACUAUUGUUUUCUUCGCAAUUGCUCUGCUAAUUGGGGUAAAGCUGUACCGUGAUAAUGAACUGGUGAGGCAGCAGGAGGCAGCUCUUCGGGCACUUGGCACAGAGGGUCUUUUCCUUUUUUCUUCCUUGGAUACCAACAAGGAUAUGUACAUAAGCCCUGAGGAGUUUAAACCUAUAGCUGAAAGACUCACGGGAAUUACCCCAGUUUCAGACUACGAAGAGGAGGAGGACCUUGAUCCCAACGGAGAAACUCUGUCAGUGACUGCCCAUUUCCAGCCUCUACUCAUGGAAACCAUGACCAAGAGCAAGGAUGGCUUUUUAGGUAUUACCAACAGCGCUCUUUCGGGAUUGAGAAACUGGACUGUCCCAGUAACACCAACUACUAUUUUCUUUGCCAAGCAGUUUAAAGCCUUUCUCCCGCCAAAGCACAAACUGGAUCUAGGAGAUCCUUGGUGGAUUAUUCCAAGUGAGUUGAAUAUCUUCACAGGGUACCUGCCUAAUAACCGAAUUUAUCCACCUCCUCCAAAGGGAAAAGAAGUUAUCAUACAUAAACUGUUGUCCAUGUUUCAUCCACGUCCAUUCAUAAAAACCAGGUUUGCUCCUCAAGGCUCGGUGGCUUGCAUCCGAGCCAUUGGUGACUUCUAUUAUGACAUUGUUUUCCGGAUUCAUGCCGAGUUUCAGCUUAAUGAACCACCCAAUUAUCCUUUUUGGUUUUCUCCAGGUCAAUUCGCUGGUCAUAUCGUCAUUUCCAAAGAUGGAUCUCAUGUGAGAUCCUUCAAGAUGUAUGUCCCUAAUAACCGGACUUUGAAUGUCGAUAUGGAAUGGCUGUAUGGAGCAAGUGAAAGCAGUAAUAUGGAAGUGGACAUUGGCUACCUGCCUCAGAUGGAAACAAAGUCCAUGGGUCCCUCUAUCCCUUCAGUCAUCUAUGAUGAGAAUGGAGAUGUCAUCGACAGUCGUAGCUCCAACGGCGAACCUCUAGAGUUUGUAUUUGAUGAAAUUAUUUGGCAGUCUGAAAUAAGUGCGAAGGAAGCUGCCAAAAAGCUUGAAGUCACCAUGUACCCGUUUAAGAAGGUGUCCUACCUUCCUUUCACUGAAGCUUUUGAUCGAGCCUUUGCUGAAAAGAAACUUGUGCACUCCGUCUUGCUUUGGGGUGCCUUGGACGAUCAAUCCUGCUGAGGUUCGGGGCGAACUCUCCGGGAGACCGUCCUGGAGAGUUUGCCCGUUCUCGCUUUGCUCAACGAGAGCUUCGUCAGCAGUUGGUCGCUGGUGAAGGAACUCGAGGAGUUUCAAAAUAAUCAGGAAAAUAAACUGUAUGCAACAUUUGCUUCUCUUCACUUGGAGAAGUACAAUUUCCCCGUGGAAAUGAUGAUCUGUCUUCCCAAUGGAACCGUAGUCCACAACAUCAAUGCCAACUACUUCUUAGAUAUCACUUCUGUGAAGCCAGAGGACGUGGACACCAGCUUGUUCAGUUUUGCUGACGGCUUGGAAGAUGUAUCGACUUCCACUUAUGUGAAAUUCCUGAGAGAAGGGCUUGAGAAAGCAAAGCCGUUUUUGGAUUUAUAGUUUGACACUCCACAAAUAUUGUGAUAAUGUCCAUACGACACACCAGUAACUUCACUGUAAUGUAAAGUACCGAUGGGGCGGGGCCGCCAGCACCAAAGAUAUAGACCACUGAAACUACAUUUUUAGCUUGGCCCCACCCCUUCUACUUUGGCAGUCUCCCUAUUGGUCAAUGAGGUUGUCCAUUAGUAGGGUAAGCAAUAUGGAGGCUUGAGAGGCAGAAUUGAGUGAGGUCAAAUUGUGUUUUUACAGAAAUUACAAGGUUUCUGUACUACUUCAGAUCCCCAUAACUGACUCCGCUGAUCAUUUUGAUAUGGUUUUCUCCCGAGGUAAAGU